AUGUUGCCGACUGAUGAGAGGGCAUCACCCAUCGAAUCUUACUGCACCUCAGACCAGAGUGCGGCAGCCACCGACUGUUAUGGUAGAGGCGAAGAUGCUUCACAUCGCACAGACACAUGUAAUAUUGUCAUUUGUGGAGAAGCUGGCGCUGGCAAAAGUUCCUUAGUCAACUUGAUUGCUGGGACGAACCUAGCGCAGACUUCCCCCGACGCCAGGGGAUGUACAACUGGCACCCAGAACUAUGUCAUCAAGAUUCAGAACAAGGACUUGGAAGUAAAGCUUUUCGACACGGCUGGUCUUGGUGAGGGCUCAUACGGAGUGGUCCCCGACAAGAAAGCUCGGAAAGAUUUGGAGAACCUCCUUGAGGGGCUUAUGAAGACAGAUGGCAUUCAUCUCCUCAUGUACUGCGUACAGGGCACGAAAGGGCGCAAGGCACUCCACCGCGACUACAAGUUGUUGCACUCCAAAUUGAAGGGGAGAGUUCCUAUCGUCCUUGUCAUUACAGGUCUGGAAGACCGAGAACCAGAAAUGGAAGUGUGGUGGAGGGAUAACGAGAAAUCCAUUUCGAAACUCGGGAUGACCUUUGCUGGCCACGCAUGCAUUACUGCGAUGACUAUCAACGGUGAUGACGCAAUUCGGCUCAAGCAGCGCCGCAAACAGUCAUACAAUGCUGUCUGCGACCUUAUCGAGAAGUGUCGCGUACGAAUUCCUCCCGCAAGGCACGUACUUAGCCGUCAGAUGACGAUUAAAAAUAUCGUACUCUUUGGGGAGACGGGAGCAGGCAAAAGCUCACUCGUCAACCUCAUGGCGGGAGAGGAGGUAGCCCACACAUCUCUUAGCAUGCAACGAUGUACGUUACAGUGGCAAGGCUAUACCAUCAACUUCGGUGGCCAGGUUUAUAAGGUCUUCGAUACCAUGGGACUCGAGGAACCGCAGCUUGGAAAGGAACAAUACCUCGAGUGUGUCCAAAGUGUCUAUAGGCUCAUCAAGGCGUUGGAUGCAGAAGGCGGAAUUGAUCUGCUUCUGUUCUGUAUGCGCGCCGGCAGAAUCUCUGCUACACUCCAGAGCAAUUACCGACUCUUUCAUGAAUUCCUCUGCGAGGAGAAGGUUCCCACAGUUCUUGCGAUCACGAACCUUGAAAGAGAGCAGAGGAUGGAGGACUGGUGGGACAGAGAGCACCACAACUUCGAACGAUAUAAAAUCUACGUCGCUGGUCAUGCGUGCGUCACCGCCGCUAAUGGAUUGGAUGGCAGACACCAGCAGCUUUAUGAAGAAUCGCGCGUCACGAUCCGUAACAUCGUUAGGAAGUUUACUGUCGACGUUCAGGGGCGGGUAUGGCAAGGAGGGGACAACCUGUUCGUGUCGUUGAUGCGUAAGCUGAAAGAGUUGCUUUCAGGUACUUCGCGUAUGAGAAGGAGGGAUCUUGUCCCUAAUCUCACGCAGCGUUGCGGGUUAUCCUCGGAGGUCGCAAAAGGGUUGGCUGAUAUGAUUAAGCGCUAG